AUGACUCGAUUCGACGUCAGUGCGAAAAUCAAUUUUUAUGUAAUUUAUUUCGAUGGUAAAUUGCUGCUGAUUGGCAUUUUCGACCCGAUUCCGAAUACACGCAACGAAAAAUUGGUUGCAUGUGACGUUUCUCGUGUAAAAUAUUGGAUUGGUGUACGUGACGCGUACAUUUCGCCACCUCUUCUGGAAUUGUUGGGUCUUUGGGGCGUAUUACCAAUACAUCCUAAAACAUUCAUUCGCGCACGGCACAAUCGCGAGGAGCGUGAGCAGGCGCAGAUAAAAGCAGCAGCAGACCAAAUUGCCACCACAUCGGUAUCAGAAGAAGCAGAAAUUGAUACAAAAGCGGCAACAACGCCGAGCUGCGAGCAACAACAAAUCAAGGCCAAUCAAAUCGGUGAAGAAACUAAAAAUACAGACCCCAAUAGUAUCUGUGGAGAAUGUCACGAGAAUGUCCGCAUAUCGCUACGCAAUGCGGGAAAUCAUCGUGCUCAAUCGCCCGAAUCGCUGUACAAAUUUGAAACUGAUACGCAAAAAUGUGAUCAUAUGCAGUCUCAGAUGAUGCCGUCACCAGUUGAUUUUUGCAAUUCGCAACUUCUUGAUGUAACCUUCUCAUCUGUUGCUGUACUACCGAAUCGAACCAAUACGUUGCCUUACGUUUUGCUGAAUAUUUCGGUGCGAGUGGAUAAGCCCGUUUCACAAGUGUUUCUUCGAUUAGAAUGCCUAGAAGCGCCCAAUUUCGAGGACGACUACUGUCACAACCAUGAGGAGCAGCAUCGACGAUGGGGUCGAAUGAUAUGGCCAUGUCGUUCUUUGUCGCUGCUCGAGCUCGAUCUCAUCCGCUAUCCAUACCACUUCAGUUAUCCGUGCUUUCGGCUUUCUGCUUAUUCACAGUAUCGGCUGAAUGUCACCCUCACACCGAAUUUAUGCCAGAAAUCAUUUAUUGUAACGAUACCCGAAGAAGCGCAGCUACUCCCUGUCAUUCGCCGUUUUUAUCAGGCUGAUGCGGAAGUGGAUAUUGCCAACUGGUCUCCGCUGGCGUUCGUAGAUCUUUCCCUCAGCAAUAGACAGCCAUGGUCAUCAGUGGUACCAGUUUCUGUUGAUUUAUUCCAAAUUACGGAUUCUUUGCUAACUCAUCUUGCCACAGUCACCAUCAGCGCCGCUUCCGCCGAAUACAGAUGGAAGGAUGUUCCACGUGGAAAUUACACAGCCUAUUUAUACGUGAACAGGCCAGGCUGUAAAAUCGUUUGUGAUCGUACUGAUAGCAGUGCUGCUGCUGCUGCUGCUUGUUCGGUGUGCCCGAAUACGCGGAUUCAUUUUACGGUACCGGAGGACAAAUUUUGGCUUCCGGUUGCGAGCGGAAACUUACCGCAUCGUGUGCUAACAUUCAUUGCUGGUAGUGCGUUAUUGUGUUUCGCUAUUUUGGCAACUUCUGUGGCAUGGCUUUUGGUGGUUUGGCGUCGUUGUCGUAAAACUAUUUCGCUGCGAGAAAUAUCUCUUUCAAAACGUGCUUCGGUUUUUUUGGUUUAUACCGAUGAUUGUGAUGCUCAUGCUGCAGCUGUUGCCACACUGGCCGAAUUACUCAAAAAUUAUGCGAAUGCAGACGUGUUCCUCGAUCAAUUUGAAUUGAAAUCUGCAGAUACAGUUCCAGCAAGAUGGUUCAUUGAGAAGUUGGGAACAGCUGAACACAUCGUUCUGAUUUUUUCCGAAGGAACCAAUGCCAUUCUGGGUGGACGAACUUUGAUCCAGCGGCAACCGUUCCCGGAAUUUUUCCCUACUGCUAUCAAUUUUUUAAUCUCGGAAUGCAACAAGGAUCUGACUGGACAGCCUGUGAUGCCAUCUCCAAAAGUAAGCACACGCUUUGCUUUCGCCUAUUUCGUUUAUUCGCCCCCUUCUGCGAUUCCUGCAGAGCUAAAGGCUUUACCCGUGAACAUUUUUAAGAUACCUGCGCAGGUAGAUAAAUUGAUUUCCUGGUUGCAUAAUCAACCCCUAAAUGUGCCUUUGGAUAUCCAUGUUGAUAUUUCGCAACUGCAAAGUGCGAUAAAUGAAUUUCUGCAAUAUCGUCGAGAAAAUCCUGGAUGGUUAGCAGAACGACUGCAGUUGAUGCAUGAGGUUUAUUUUGCUUUAACAUUAGGCUGUAUUAUGUAG